AGCAUGUGUGAGUGCUUGUGUGUGCACGAGCCCGUGCGCGCUCAUGUGCGUUGGCCUAGCUGUGUGUGUGCGUGUGUGUGUGUGCGCGCGCGAGUGUGUGUGUGUGUGUGGAUGGAGCUGGAGGUGGCGCGCGCAGAAGCGGCGCGAGCGCUUCAGAGUGCAGGCGAGGAUGCUGUUUCAUUUCUCCAUCACCGCGCGCGCAUAGGCUUUUCCCUGGAUUACGGUGGGAUUUUGCGCUCCGUGUGAUUUGCAGAUUAAAGAGAACAAAGAGCGGUUCGGUACGGACAGAGAGAUAGAGAGAGAGAGAGAGAGAGAGAGAGGUUCGCGCGUGCGGGACACCAUGAACGCAGAGAGUUCCGGGUUCCGUUAGGACAAGACCUGAUCGGAUCCGUGAUAGGAUGGCAUGAGCCAAAUACCACAUCAGUUCAGAAGUUAAUGCAUUUCAAAGAGAGCAUGUCAGAGAAUCAGGAUUAGGACUAUAAGCAAUUGAACAGACUUUUUUAAUAAUCUGUUUGGACUUGAUCUUCAGAGCUGAACUUUACACACUGACCAUGCAAAGUUUGCAGUGUGCUGGUCCCCUGUCACAUUUACUCACAGUCUGCAUCUCACAGCACAAGAACCUGGAGCUGAACAUCGAAAGAUACAGCAGGUGACUUUGCUUUCAUCUCCAUCCACAGUUCGCCUCCAUCACAGCAUCAGCACCAUCUACACUGCCUCUGUCUCGAGCAACAUGAAAACAUCAUGUCAAGACAUCCAUCAGUGUAGCAGAGCAGUGAAAAGUGGCCGUCAGUCUCCUCCUGAAUUCUCCACUGAGCGUGACAUGCAACUGUGAGGAGGAUGCGUUUCCCUCUGAAGAAAAUACGCAAGCAGUUCAAGCUCCUCCUGCUCCUCGUGCUUCUCACGUUCGCCAUUGGCUUCACUUACCUGCAUGUCAUCCAGGGCAGGGCCAUCAAACUCCACUCCAGCUAUGGCAAAGAUAUGGAGAGGCAAACAGAAGGCUUGGGUUCUGGCCAGAAAAAGCUGCCUCACUCCUCCUCAAGUCACCCAGAAGACUCCAGUGACAGCGCCGAUGAGACGAAGCAUGGUGAUGAGCACAGUGAAUCUGAACAAGAAAGAUAUGGCAAGCCAGAUAUCCAAAAACUUCUCAACCAGAAGCUCCUCAAGUUGCCAUGGAAACCAGAGUAUAAAGGCCAGGCCAACCUGCACGUGUUUGAGGACUGGUGCGGCUCAUCAGUUUCUCAGCUCAGGAAGAACCUGCACUUCCCAUUGUACCCACAUGCCAGAACCACGGUGAAGAAACUGGCUGUGGUUCCAAAGUGGAAGAAUUAUGGCCUCCGCAUCUUUGGCUUUAUUCAUCCAUAUAAAGACGGAGAUUUCCAGUUUGCCAUAUCCUCUGAUGAUAACUCUGAGCUGUGGCUGAGCUCGGAUGAGAAUCCACUUAAUGCCAAACUCCUGGUGUACGUGGGACAGCACGGCUCUGAGUGGACGGCUCCAGGUGAAUUCGGCAAGUUCAGGUCCCAGACCUCAAAGUCUGUACAUUUGAUGGCCUCUAGGCGGUACUACUUUGAGAUCUUACACAAGCAGGAUGACAAGGGCUCAGACCAUGUGGAGGUUGGGUGGAGGCCCUUUUUGCCUGGCUUGAAGUUUGAUGUCAUUGACUCCGCCUACAUCUCUCUGUAUACUGACGAGUCCAGCUUGAAGAUGAACAGUGUGAAACACAUCCCUCAGACCUUGGCCAGCCACACACACACUCGGCGGGAGGUCCACAGUUCACACACACAUGCUGCAGACAUGCUCAGACCAGACCCACGCGACACAUUCUACAAGAUCCCCAUGAUGGAUCAGUCCAGGCUGGAGAAGGUGCUGCCAUCUUGUGUCUACUCUCCUACCUACGUAGUAAGAGAUUUCCCCAUCGCACGCUACCAGGGCCUGCAGUUUGUGUAUCUGUCCUACGUCUAUCCAAAUGAUUUCACCAGACUGACUCAUAUGGAAAGAGAGAACAAAUGCUUCUACAGGGAAUCUCCAGUGUACCUGGAAAAAUUUGGCUUCUAUAAAUACAUGAAGAUGGAUGAAGAGAAUGAUGACAGACCUCUGUUCUUUCCAAAUCCUGAUGAUUUCUUAGAAGAAGAAGAGGGUGUAGAUCUAGAGGAAGACUCAGUGAACUCUAACCACCAUCCAGUCAAGAGGACAAGUAACACCAGCAUGUCUGAUCAGCUCUCAAAUUCCUCAUUUAGCACAAUCUCUAGUCACAUUUUAACCCAAGAGCGCCUAUACUCACAUUUCAAAGCAAAACGAACCAGGAGAAUUAAAGGAGAAGACCAUGGGAGAGAUGAUGGCUACCAUAGACACACUCCACAGAAUGAUGAACAGAGAAGAAUGGAAAAAGAGAGGCAGCUGAGGCAGCAUAGGCGCAUUAUAGACGCAGAUCAUGAGACCCUCACAGACCACAGAGAGAGUAUGGAAGAAGAAGAUGAUGCCACAAUGCAAAUCCAUGGACGCCGUUCUUUAAAGUGGGUUCCACUAAUCCCUGUGCAGCAAAGCAACAAGAUCACUCCUCUAAGGCUGGCCAAAACUUUCAAGAAUUCCCAGCGAUCCCCACUAUAUACGUUGGCGAGUCACAUUCUGAGCAAUGGGGCACAUCCUGCGUCUCAAGAGAAAGAGGUUAAGUCAAGCAAAAUCUACAUCACUAAACCUCAUCCGCCCAAAAGUACGCCAAAGCCACCGGUGGAGAUCUUCCCUGGGGUCUUUUUGUACCAAACUGCAAGUGGCAAAAAGCUUGUGGAUUUCAGUUCAAGGUGGAAAUUCAUGAAAAGGCAUGAUUCCUGGCCAAAGUUAGACCAUAAAUCACCCACACACCAAUUGAAACACAGCUCCCUACUCUCAUCUACUGUACAACAAGUGAAGGAUUUCCCAUCAUCCUCCAUAUCAGACCUGCCUCCCUCAAGCUCAGACCUUACAGGGACAAACUCGUCUGACAAAAGACAACCCAUGGAGAUCAGGACCACCAAAGCUUCAGAGAUGGUGGAGGAGUCGCAGCAGAUGGAGGUCACUGGGAUUAAAGAUGGCACCAUGUCUGAAUACAGCUACGAGGACGACGAGCCACGACCCGGCUGGACUGAGGAGGCCAUCAACUGGCAGCGUACAUUCAGCGUUAACCCGGUGGACUUUGAGCUGCUCAGGUCUGACUGGAACGACCUGAGGUGCAACGUGUCUGGAAAUCUGCAGCUGGCUGAGAGCGAGGCGCUGGAGGUGAUCUCGCAGUACGUGGAACGGAUAAACAAAUGCAAUGGAGGGAUGUAUUCCCUCCUCCGUAUUGUGAAUGUUGAGAAGCGUAGAGAUCCGGCACGGGGAAGCCGUUAUUUAGUGGAGCUGGAGCUCAUGGAGGCAGGGGAAAGAGUGGUGCGUCUGUCCGAGUACAUCUACUUCCUUCACCAGCGCAGCCGCCAUGAAGAAAUUGUAGAGAGCAGGGAAGUCAUCACUCCUUCUGCCCCUGCUGUGCCCUCUAAAUCACCAACCAGCAGCAGCUCCAGUGCACAGUCUCGGUCCUCAACGUCCUCGAGAGGCCACUGGCCAAAGCCACUGCUCUGUCAGCCUAUCAUGCUACAGUGGAGGCAUGACGUCAUGGUGCACAUUGUGGUGCCAGUGAAGAACCAGGCACGGUGGGUUCAGCAGUUCAUCUCCGACAUGGAACUCUUGCACCGAGAGACCAAAGAUGAGAACUUUAGCAUCAUCAUCGUGGACUUUGAGAGUGAAGACAUGGAUGUGGAGCAGGCCUUGAGGGAGAGCACUGUGCCCAGGUAUGAAUAUCUGAGACGUGAAGGAAAUUUUGAAAGAUCUUCUGGACUACAGAUGGGGGUGGACACCAUAGCAGACAGCCACAGUAUCGUUUUCCUGUGCGAUCUGCAUAUUCACUUCCCGCUGAGCAUCCUGGAGAGCAUCAGGAAGCACUGUGUGGAGGGCAGACUCGCCUUCGCCCCCAUCGUCAUGAGGCUGGACUGCGGGAGCUCACCUCUGGAGCCAGACGGCUACUGGGAGGUCAAUGGCUUCGGCCUGUUUGGGAUUUAUAAAUCAGAUUUUGAUAAGAUUGGGGGAAUGAACACUGAGGAAUUCAAGGACCGCUGGGGAGGAGAGGACUGGGAGUUCUUGGACAGGGUUCUGCAGAAUGGUUUGGAGGUUGAGAGACUGAGACUUCGGAACUUUUACCACUACUACCACUCCAAACGGGGCAUGUGGAAUACUCCUAUAAAGAAACCGAGUCAAGGCUAGCCAGCUGGGACACUGUGGUUGUCUGAGUUUAAUCAGAUGGGGCAGGUUUGAGCAUUUCAAGCUUUCCAGAACUGCCCGAAGAGUUCCAAAGCACAGCCUGUCGGCCUUAAACACACCGGGUCAGUUAGCACAGAUGUCAUAUGGUGGAAUUGAGACUGUCAUGGCAUGGAUGAAUUUACAAUGGUUAAAUAUCAUGCACUUUUAUAGUUCCCAAGAAUAACUAUAAAAAGUGCCAAACAUACAGUAGAAGCACAUAGCAGAACUUACUCAAGUUCUAGACAUUAUGAACAUUAUUUGUUUUUUGGAGGAGUGAGAGUGCUCAGGUAAUAUGAUGUUAAUAUGAUGUUUCCAUUAAUGGGUUGAUGUGUUCACAAAUUAUUUGAAUGGUGCUUACUAUCAGAGACUGUAUUUUAUCUCCAGAAAUGGUGUCAACAAAAAUGAUGUCUAGUUUACUAUACUGGAUCUUCUCUUUAGUUCUUUCUUUCCAUAUUCCUCUCCCCCCAUCACUCUCUGUAUUUCUUUCUCUGUCACCCCUCAGAAUUAGUGACUGAUUUCCCAUAGCACACAGAUGAUGUUUGUACUGAAGAAAGGUGCCAAAAUGCUGAGCUGCUAAUUAGUUUGAAAUUUAUUGUUAGUUUAAAUUUCAACACAAGGAUGAUGUAUGAAAAGAAAAACAAACAUAUUGGUUGCUGAUGCCAUGUUUAAAGAUAAUUUCUGUGAAAUUGUAUGUAGAGUAUGUAAAGGAUGUAAAUUUAUUUCCUAUUCUUUUUAAUUUUCUUAUUUUCAAGAAUAAA